UCUACUCCCACCACCGUCGUUGCCAGACUUGUGUAGUGUGUAAUGUGUAUACCGUGGUGUGUAGAACGUGGUUUACACGGUUUACACGACCACCACGGGCACCACGUACUAUCGCGUGCUGCUCGCGGAACGUGUGUCUUUAAGAAUCGGAAACUAGUGUCGGGGAUAAUCACACGAAAUAUAGGAUUUAAUCACUCUGUCGAGAAUAGUGUCGCACGUCACGUCGGAAAUGUAACGAUAGGCAACACUAGAUUCGUUUCAUUAUCUAAUAUGGUUUCUCGUUUUGUAUAUAAAAUCUCAUCAUGCAUAAGAAUGGACCACCACCACCUUAUGAACCACCACCUUACGCGCCACCUGCUUACUCCCAAAAUGUGGGAGGUGUUCCUCCAGCUAGUCCGUUUACACCUGCGCAAACUUAUGCGAAUGGGCCUACUAUAGUCACAACUAUUGUUCCGCUCGGGCCACAGUCGACUCAUACAAUCUGUCCACAUUGCCAUGCCGAAAUAGAUACAUCAACAAAAACUGAACCUGGCAUGAUUGCUUAUAUCUCAGGUGUCAUCAUAGCACUGCUGGGAUGUUGGUUUGGUUGCUGCUUGAUUCCAUGUUGCAUUGAUGAAUGCAUGGAUGUUCAUCAUAACUGUCCAAACUGUAAAGCUUAUCUGGGACGUCAUAGAAGAUAAGUGGAUUGUAUUAACAUCCACGCGUUGCAUUUGAAUGUUGAAAUGCCGACAAUACUACGAAUUCCAAUGGAUAUACUAAACUUGAUUUUGACACUGUACAUCUUCGGGGGAAUAGCUUCGAUCACAGAGUACUAAACGAGAGACGAAAAGCGUAAUUUCGUAAUUUCAUUUAGAGCAAUCCAGUUAAAUCUUUAUAACGAAGGAUGCAUAGUAUCUAAAUAAUUGUUUUAUAUAAUUUUUUAAUUCUUACAAAAUAUUGUUAUUGCACCAAUUAGUUAUAAUCUCUUGCACGAUUUUUGUAAAAAUAUUUUCAUGCUUUUGCGUGAAAGUGGUGAAAUUAUUGCGUACAAGUUUUUUAGUAAGAAGCAUAUUCAAAAAACACUUGUGCAUAACUUUUGAAAAAGAGAAUUCUACUUCCACAUCAAUUUAUUCUUCCAAUAUUAAUAUUAAUCUACAACUUUUAUUUCAUUUGCAUUAUUAAUGUAAAUAUGUACUGUAGAGUGUAGACUAUCUGCAGCAUAGAUUUCUAAAGAUCAACUCAUUAAUCAUAAUUUUGACUCAAUUAUUAUGCCAGUCUUUGCCAUUUUUUGUUAUGUUUAUGUUUGAAACAAAAAUUAAGAUUAUCCAUAAAUUGAUAGGCAGCAAUAUGUGCAGCUAUUUUUAAAUCACUAAGCCGUCCAGCUAUAUAAAAUAAUAAUAUUGUCACAGCAAUAAUUUCUUUAAAUUCAAAUUAAAUAACGACACAAUAACGAUACUCGCAAAAUUGUAGCGUAAUUUACGCUAAAAUAUUUAGUCUAUUGGUAGUAGCUAGCUCUUGAUUGGAAAAAUCUUGAUAAAUAUAUCUCGUAUAUUUAUGUCAUAAAAGUAUGUGGAUUAUCAAAUAAAUAUUAAUGUCAAUAACUUAUGCUUUUAUAUAAUUGAUGAAUGGCAACUGAUAUAUUACUAGACUGAUAUGUUGUUAGAGAGUUUAAAACUAAAGAAAUCUAAUACUUGUUUAAAAAGGGAAUAUACACACAUACAUAUGAAAUAUUUAACUUCGUACAUGUUACAGAAGUGACUACAAAUAUUAUUUUUGUCUUAAAUAUCUUAAUUUAUACAACAAUGAAUCUCAAAUUCUGUUUGACAAAUUGAGCUCAAUACUAUUACAGGAAAAAAAAUUUGCGUCAAUGCUUUAUAGAAUAAUGUAAUGUUACGGAAUAACGUUUAACAUCAUAGUAAUGAUGUCAAGCGAUGGACUAUUUACUUAUUUUUGCGCCUGUGUGCCUCAAAUUAGAUAAGCCUUCAAUCUCCCGUGCUCUUAUUACAAGAUAACUUCUAUUUUCUAAUGCAUGUGUAAAAUAAUGUAAACAAUAAGCAAAUAUCAACUUACGGUUAUAUAUUUGAUAUAUAUAACAUUUGCAAUAUAUUUAAAAGAAAUAAAAAUUUAAUAACAUUGUGC